UUUAGCUUCAGCUUUCGGCGCACCUGUUGGUGAUGUACAUGUCGGACCACGAUAGCUUCGCGUUCAUUUCUCUUCACGCUUUCGUCUUUUCAUCUUUUCGUUUUAUCACUUCAGCCUGUUCUAUCUGGAGUGGUAUCUUUAUAACACGGGUGUGAAUAACUUUUUUUUUCAAUCUUUUGUCCUCGUCGAGUGGAAAGAUGAACCACGCUGAGCUCAGAAGACUCUUCGCAGCAUGUGAUGGGAAUCAGUCAGGAAGAGUCGAGUAUGAGGACUUCACUACUGUUUGCCGAGAGCUUAAUGUCCCCGCGGACGACAUCAGGACUUUAUUCAACAAGUUUGACCUGGACGGAGACGGAUAUAUCAAUUUUAACGACUUUUCGUCAAGCUUUCAGGAAGUUUCGGAAGCCCUCAAUCUGGCUUCGUUGGGAAACUGUUUGCAUAGUCAGAGAAGAGCUUGGGAUGAGUUUGAAAACACGCUGGACGGAGAUGUGGCCUUUUAUUUGGGAAGACAGUGGGAUGCACUAAGUGAGUUGUAUGAAGGGAUCCACUCUACAUCAGAUGAGCUGUUACUGCAGCAGUUUGAGGAUCUCAUCAGGGCUCUUGUGACUGAGAUCAGAGAGCACAGAAUGGAGAGUGAACAGCUUGAGACCAGUCUGCGGAGGACAGAGGAAGUGUCUAGCAGUCAGCUAGCAGAGAUGGAGGAGGACUUGCAGCAGCAGCUGAUCCACACAGAACGAAGGGUCCGAGAAGAGGAGCAGAAGAAGUUGGAUGAAUCCAUUGCUAUGCUUCAAAUAAAACAUGAGAAUGAGUUGGCAGACCUGCAAACCACUAUAGAAAGGCUCACAAAGCAAUAUCAAGAGGAGUCAAAGUUAAACACCCCCAGGGAAGAUUCAGUCAAAUUAAGAGCCCAGAUUAAAGAUCUGAUGGAGGAGAAUGAGGAGCUGAGGGCUUCUCUCAUGAAAGCCCAGAUGAACGUCUCCAUUCUUCAGGUUGAGUUGGAUAAGUUAAAGAAUGCCUUCACUGAUCAGAAACGCCAACACGAGAGAGAAAGUGAUGACCUCAAGAAGAUGGUGAUGGAGUUCCAGUCUUAUUCCAGCCAUAUAGAAAUGCUCCAGGAAAUGAACAAAUCUUUGUAUGACAGCAAUGAUGGGUUACGCUCCGCUCUGAGCCAGGAGAACGCCUCCACCAAAAGACAGCUCUCCCCAAGAAAUGAAGUUCUUCCCAGGAAGAUGAAACCGAUUCGACAGAGUACAAUGAAUCAGAGCAGUUUUACUAAUGAAGAGGACACUCUGGCCCUGGUGAAGUGCUGGGCUGAAAAGUAUUUGGACAGCGGUGUUUCCGUUCAGUCAGAAAUGGAUGCAAUGUCAGGUAUUGAUUAUGACAGUGACGACAGCCAUCAUUCAGUGGAGACAGUGCAUCACAGCUAUUCCUGUGUCCCUUCUGAACUGGAGGUGUCAGAAGUGAAGCCUGAAGCUUUGAGAUCUGUAGCUCGUAGCACAGUUGGCUCCAUAUCAUCCUCACUUCGGCGGCGUUUGUCUGCUUUUCCUGUCAAGCAAAAUGAGGAAGAUUUACUUGACACACAAGAUCUGGCUCCAGUGUACCGUUUGGUGUUGGCUGGAGAUGCCGGGUCAGGAAAAUCCAGCUUUUUACUGAGGUUGAGUCUUAAUGAAUUCAGAGGGGAUAUACAAACCACUCUUGGUGUUGAUUUUCAAAUUAAGAAGAUGCUUGUAGAUGGAGAGAAAACAAACCUUCAGAUCUGGGACACUGCUGGACAGGAAAGAUUCCGCAGCAUUGCCAGGUCAUAUUUCCGCAAAGCACAUGGAGUGUUACUACUGUAUGAUGUCACAUCUGAAAGCAGUUUCCUGAAUGUCCGUGAAUGGGUGGAACAGAUCCGGGAGUCAACAGAUGAAGACAUCCCAAUGUGUAUAAUAGGGAACAAGGUGGAUCUGAGGGCAGCGAGGCCAGAGGGAAGCUGUGUGAGCUCUAUCCAUGGAGAAAAGCUUGCAAUGAAUUAUAAUGCCCUGUUCUGCGAGGCAAGUGCUAAAGAGGGGACAAACGUCAUUGAGGCAGUUUUACAUUUAGCAAGAGAAGUAAAGAAACAUGUUAAACUGGGCCGGAGGUCAGAGUCACAGGUCAAGCUGAGUCUUCACAAACGGAGGAAGACCCUGAGCAACUGCUGUGGAGUUUAAGUCUUGUUUGUUUACUUGUCUUUUAUUUUAGUGUCAGUGCUUAGUUAAGCUAACAAUUUAUUAUAAUUUUUUUUAAAAUAAGUAUUGCACUUUGUGAAAUCAAGUCCUUUUUAUUAGAAAAAAAAAGUUUAUAAUAUAUUAUUUGUUUUAUUAAUUGUAAAUUUUAAGCCAUUUUAUACAGCUUUGGAUGUUUCAUUUGCAUUUUGUUUUUGUUUUUUUAAAAGCACACUGAUCAAAUGUAUACUUGUGCAUUUGCCUACAAAUGAUCAAAUCACUUCAGGGUUCAGUGUUUGUUUUUUGUUUUUGUUUUAUUAUUUAUAUGUUGUAGUUAUUGUGACAGAUUUACAAAUAAAACUUUUACAUUUAAAUCCAAA